AUGGUACCUCAGCCUGAUCAUCAACCAAUCUUUUAUGGCUUCCUUUUCAUCCUCUUCUUUUCUUCCAUUAUAUCUGCAAAAUAUGCAUGCAAGCUGACUGAACGCAGCUCUCUCAUGUCCUUCUCUCUCUCCCUCUCUUCCCCUCCAUUAAACUGGACUUCAGUUGAUUGUUGCCAAUGGGAAGGCAUCACUUGUGAUCAAGAUGGUUUGGUCACCCAAUUGCUCUUGCCCUCCAAAGGCCUCAAAGGAGGUAUUUUUCCCUCAUCACUUGCAAAUCUCACGCAUCUCACCCACCUCAAUCUCUCCCACAAUUCGCUUUAUGGUUCACUAAAUCAAACUGGAUUCUUCUUGUCCUUAAACCGUCUUGAGAUCCUUGAUUUGAGCUCUAACCUUCUCUCCGGAGAGCUGCCAGCUUCUCUACCAUCCAGAAAUGUGAUCCGGAUGGUGGACUUGUCCAGCAAUCACCUCCAUGGCGAAAUCCCAUCUUCAUUUUUCCAACAAGCUUGGAAUUUAACUAGUUUCAGUGUCGGGAACAAUACCUUAACCGGGUCUAUCCCGUCCUCUAUUUGUCUUCAUUCUUCUCCCUCAAUUAGGCUAUUGGAUUUUUCCUUCAAUAAAUUCAGUGGCAAUAUUUUUCCCGGACUAGGGGCAUGUUCCAAACUGCAGGUUUUUCGUGCCGGUUACAAUAACAUUUCGGGUCUACUUCCAGAUGAUAUCUAUAAUGCUUCAACACUUGAAGAAAUCACAUUGCCUCGCAAUUCACUGUAUGGAGCCAUAGGUGAAAGAAUUGCCAACCUCACCAACCUCACAAUCCUUGACCUCCAAUCUAAUGGAUUGAGUGGUCUGCUCCCUGCAAGUAUUGGUAAGCUAUCCAAACUGAAACUCAUGUUCCUUCAAUUCAACAACCUACAAGGUUCUCUGCCCCCAUCUUUGAUGAACUGCACAAACCUUGUUGAACUCAACCUGGGACUCAACCUUUUUGAAGGAAAUAUCUCCACCCUUGAUUUCUCCAAACUUGUUAAACUAACCGAAAUUGAUCUUGGCCAUAAUAACUUCACCGGUUUCUGGCCAGUAAGUCUUUACUCAUGCAAGUCCCUGAAAGCGAUUCGAUUGAGCAAAAACAAUCUAGAGGUGCAGAUACAACCUGAGAUUCUUUCACUGCAAUUCUUGUCCUUCCUCUCGAUCAGCUAUACCAGAUUGACCAACGCCACGGGGGCAAUAAAGAUCUUAAUGGGUUGCAAAAGUCUCAAGGUGCUGCUCCUUUCAUCAACUUUUUAUCUAGGGGAGGAAAUUCCAGCUCUUGAUAACAUGGAUGAUUUUGAUGGAUUUCAAAAUCUUCAAAUGCUAGAUUUGAGCAACUGUAAGCUCAGUGGUCAAAUACCUGCAUGGUUAUCCAAGCUCAAGAAGCUAGAGGUCAUGAUUCUAAAUUUUAAUAGAAUCACAGGGCCAAUUCCUAGUUGGCUGGGGACUCUUCCAAGGCUCUUUGUUGUAGGCUUGGGAUCAAACCAAAUUUCAGGUGAAUUUCCAAAAGAACUUUGUAGGUUACCAAUGUUGGUAUCUGAAAAAACUGCAGUUCAAGUAGAUGACGAUGUUCUUGAAUUGCCUAUCUAUACAUCGACCAGUGGAACACUUUUGCAGUACAAAUUGUCCUAUUUUCCUCGAGUGUUAGACAUAAGGAACAAUAGCAUUAGUGGGAGAAUACCUAUUGAGAUUGGGCAAUUGCAGCUUCUCCAGAUGUUGUAUCUUAACAUGAACAACUUCUCUGGGACCAUCCCGGAGCAAAUAUCCAACCUCAAGAACUUGGAGGGAUUGGAUCUUUCCAUGAACCAUUUGUCUGGAAACAUCCCAUCAUCACUGGCAAGCCUUAGUUUCUUGAAAUCUUUCAAUGUCUCAUACAAUGAUCUCCAAGGAUCAAUCCCAACAGGCACUCAGCUCCAAAGCUUCAAUGCUUCUGCAUUUGAGGGGAAUUCAAAACUCUGUGGAGCCCCACUUCCAAAUGAGUGCCACCCAAGAAAUGGCCCUGAUGCAGAGCAUAACAACAACCAAGAUGUGGACAAUGGGCACCAAAUUCUGUGGUUUGAGUUAUCUGUUGUGCUUGGGUUCAUUGUAGGGUUCUUGGGAGUCUGUUGCUCUUUGCUCUUUAACAACACAUGGAGAUAUAGAUAUUUCCAGUUCUUAGACAAUGUUCAACAUAAGCUCUAUUUGAUGCAGAGAAAGCUUACAAGGGUGAGAGUUGACAGACAACUCCAAGACCAAGUCCAAGUCUCAAACCAAAGGCCCGAAGUUAAUAGCAGCAAUCUGUACAGUGAUACAGAUGGUAAAAACUGGUCAGAAUUUGCAACCCUCACAAGUCACAAUGCUGCCAAACCACCUCCCUUCAAUGAUCCAACCAAAGAAGAUCCCUAUGUGUCCCUCGUCGCAGAAGAAGAAAUAUUUUUUGAUACAAGCAAUAUCGAAGGAGGAGAGAUUCGAACACAAGAUGUCAGAUUCACGGGUAACUAG